AUGCCUACCGCCUCUGCGUCACGAGAGCCCCUCGUGCCGUCGAUCAACUUCUCUAUGGUGUGCCCUGGCGUGUACCGAAGCGGCUACCCAACCAAGAAGAACUACUCCUUUCUCUGUGCGCUGCGGCUGCGCAGCAUCUUAUACCUCUGCCCGGAGGACUACGCUGAGAGCAAUCUCAAGUUCUGCGAGGAGAACGGCAUUCAUGUCCUGCGCUUCCCGACGGAGGGCAACAAGGAGCCCUUCUGUGAUGUCUCGGAGCCCCUGAUGCACCGCAUUCUCAGCGCCAUCUGCGACACUCGCAACCUCCCCCUGCUCAUCCACUGCAACAAGGGCAAGCACCGCACCGGCACCGUCGUGGCCUGCUUGCGUCACCUGCAAGGCUGGUCGUUGGUGUCCAUCUUCGAGGAGUACAAGCGGUUUGCCAGCGACAAGGCUCGAGUCGGGGAUCAGCAGUACGUCGAGCUCUACCACCCCAUCGUGAAGCUGACCCCGCCGUUUGUGGCGUUGUGGGUAACCGUGACGCCGCGUGUGACGCUCGUGACGUCCGACCGUGAACUCAUGGAGGCGGAGGCGAUGCAGCUCGGGUACAGCCUCCUCGCACCGGACAAGCACCUCAUGAAGAAUGGCAGCAGCACGAACAAAUCAACGGCACCGACAGCGGCUGCGGCGUCCGGCGCCGCCUCUGUCACGGCGGCACCAGCGGCUGCGGCCGCCGCUACCGCGGGUAGCGGUCCGACGGUCGCAGUAUCCACAUCCGGUCCUUCAGCUGCGGGAGCCAUGCAGCAGCAGCAGCCGUCACAGCCCGUCACGUCUGCGGCCUCGGCGAGCGCCAGCAACAGCGGCCACUCCCUAGCGCCCUCCCUUAUGGCUACGGCAGCAACACCAGCGGCGGCUGACCGAUAG